UCCGAUCACACAACUUGUCACUCUUAAAACUCACAAAGGGGUAAUGCAGAGUAACGAACCAUAUUUUUUUUUGGAUAUAUAUAUAUAUCCUAAUCUCUGAUAAACGAGAAUAUGAUUACAUGUGGUUUUAUCAGCUCACAGUUUGUAAAAAUAUUCCCAUUUGAUUUUGCAUUCGUUGCUAGAACUGCUGAGACGCCCAGGGCAGAUGAUGGGGAAAGCCAACAGAUUUACAGGGCCGUGGAACGGCCAAGUGGAGGUGCUGAGAAUACCUACUGUGACUUCCAACGGAAUGAUUUCAAGGAAAAAUGCCGAUCCUGCUCAGUAUCUAUCGCAACCUUGCAUUUGAAGAUGAAGAAAGCACACGACAAGAAACAGAGUAAACUGUUGCUGGAACUGCUUCGGGCCAAUCCUACGGUGACAUCCAGCUUCGGAAAUGAGCGAGAACAUACGAAAACAAAGAGGUACUAA